UGCAGAGCUGCGCUUUGUCGCUCUGGUCGAGGGCUGUGCCGUCAAAACGCAGAAAUAUAGAGAUGACGGAGCGCUGAAUCUGGAUAUAUUUCCCGUUGUUUUGAACUGUGAGAUCUAAGAGGAGAGAUGAAUUCUGCUGAAGCGGCGGAGGACGGACCCAAUGAUUCAGACACGGAUGCCUUCUUCAAAACAGGGUCUUUCAGAAGUGAAGGAAUUAAAGCGUCUGAUGUUCUUCCUGUGCUGAGAGAAAAAAUAGCGUUUGUAUCAGGAGGUCGUGAUAAGAGAGGUGGCCCCAUCCUGACCUUUCCCGCCAGGAGUAACCAUGAUCGAAUAAAACAAGAUGACCUGAGAAGAUUCGUGACGUACCUGUCCACGGUGCCCAGUGAGGACGUGUGUAAGAGGGGUUUCACUGUGAUUAUUGAUAUGCGUGGUUCUAAGUGGGACCUGAUAAAGCCGUUACUGAAGACCCUGCAGGAAGCAUUUCCAGCUGAGAUCUGCGUCGCUCUCAUCAUCAAACCAGACAACUUCUGGCAGAAACAGAAGACUAACUUUGGCAGUGCCAAGUUCACUUUUGAGACUAGCCUGGUAUCAGUGGAGGGGUUGACCAAACUUGUGGACCCAUCUCAGUUAACUGAUGACUUUGAGGGAUCUCUGGAAUAUAAUCAUGAGGAAUGGAUUGAGCUCCGGGUCGCUCUCGAGGAGUUCCUGGCCAGCGCUGUUCACCUCCUCUCCCGCCUGGAAGAUCUGCAGGAGAUGCUGGCUAAGAAAGAGUUCCCGGUGGAUGUGGAAGGCUCUCGGAAACUCACUGAUGAGCACACUCAGCUGAAGAAGAAGGUGAUGAAAGCUCCAGUGGAAGAGCUGGACCACGAGGGCCAGAGACUCUUGCAGUGCAUCCGCUCCAGUGAUGGCUUCUCAGGGAGGAACUGUAUUUCUGGAAGUGCCGACUUCCAGAGUGUGGUUCCGAAGAUCGCCAGUCUGCUGGAUAAACUCCACAGCACCAGACAGCACCUGCACCAGAUGUGGCACCUAAGAAAACUGAAGCUGGAUCAGUGUUUCCAGCUCCGAUUGUUUGAACAGGAUGCAGAGAAGAUGUUUGACUGGAUCAGUCACAAUAAGGAAUUGUUUCUUCAGAGCCACACAGAGAUCGGUGUGAGCUACCAGCACGCUGUGGAGCUACAGACUCAACACAACCACUUUGCCAUGAACUCCAUGAAUGCAUAUGUGAACAUAAACCGCAUCAUGUCGGUGGCAUCGCGGCUGUCGGAGGCGGGUCACUACGCGUCUCAGCAGAUCAAACAGAUCAGCACGCAGCUCGAUCAGGAGUGGAAGAGCUUUGCCGCCGCUCUCGAUGAACGCAGCACCAUCCUCGCCAUGUCUGCUGUCUUCCAUCAGAAAUCCGAGGAGUUUCUGUCUGGUGUGGAAGCGUGGUGUAAGAUGUGCAGUGAGGGCGGGCUGCCGUCAGAGAUGCAGGAUCUGGAAUUGGCCAUUCAUCACCAUCAGACGCUUUAUGAACAGGUCACUCAAGCUUAUACAGAGGUGAGUCAGGAUGGUAAGGCUUUGCUGGACGUUCUUCAGCGGCCGUUGAGUCCCGGUAACUCAGAGUCUCUGACUGCAUCAGCUAACUACUCUAAAGCCGUGCACUGUAUUCUGGAUGUGGUCCAUGAGGUCCUGCAUCACCAAAGACGUCUGGAGAGCAUCUGGCAGCACCGUAAAGUCCGUCUGCAUCAGAGACUGCAGCUCUGUGUCUUCCAGCAGGACGUCCAGCAGGUGAUUGACUGGAUAGAGAAUCAUGGAGAGGCGUUCCUCAGUAAACACACAGGUGUGGGCAAAUCCCUGCACAGAGCCAGAGCCCUGCAGAAACGCCAUGAUGACUUUGAGGAGGUGGCACAGAACACCUACACUAAUGCAGAUAAACUCCUGGAAGCGGCCGAGCAGUUGGCCCAGACGGGCGAGUGUGACCCUGAGGAGAUCUAUAAGGCGGCGCGACACCUGGAGGUCAGAAUCCAGGACUUCGUCAGGAGAGUGGAACAAAGAAAACUACUGCUGGACAUGUCCGUCUCCUUCCACACGCACACUAAAGAGUUGUGGACGUGGAUGGAGGACCUGCAGAAGGAGCUUCUGGAAGAAGUUUGUUCUGAUUCGGUGGAUUCGGUUCAGGAGCUGAUCAAACAGUUUCAGCAGCAGCAGACAGCCACGCUGGAGGCCACACUCAACGUCAUUAAAGAGGGAGAAGACCUUAUGCAACAACUCAGAGAUUCAGCGAUGAGCAGUAAUAAGAUGCCUCACACGAGCUCUAUCGCUCACACCGAGGGCGUCCUACAGCAGCUAGAGGAGGCCCAGGGCCACAUGGAGGAGCUCUUCCACGAGAGGAAGAUCAAACUCGACAUCUUCCUGCAACUGCGCAUCUUUGAGCAGUACACCAUUGAGGUAACGGCGGAGUUAGACGCGUGGAAUGAGGACCUGGUUCGUCAGGUCAACGAGUUCACCGCAGAAGAACCCAGUCUGGCUGAACAGAGACUCCAGCGGCACGCGGAGAGAAAACUGGCUAUGAACAACAUGACCUACGAGGUCAUGCAGCAGGGUCAAGACCUGCAUCAGUACAUCAUGGAGGUCCAAGCUUCAGGUAUUGAGUUGACCAGUGAGAAGGAGGUGGAUCUGGCCACUGAAGUGCAGGAGCUGUUGGAGUUUCUAAAUGAGAAACAGCAUGAGCUGGACUUGAACGCUGAACACACACAGAAACACCUGGAGCAGUGUGUGCAGCUGUGCCACCUACAGGCUGAGGUUAAACAGGUUCUGGGUUGGAUUCUCUCCCUGCAGUCUCUGUUUCAUGCUAACUCUCUUCAGAAGACCCAUCAGAGCGCACUGCAGGUGCAGCAGAAGGCCGAGAUCAUGUUACAAGCCGGACACUUCGACCCUGAGGCCAUCCGCAGCUGUGCUGAGAAGGUGGCAGUACACUGGCAGCAGCUCAUGAUGAAGAUGGAGGACAGACUCAAGCUGGUUAACGCCUCUGUAGCCUUCUACAAGACAUCCGAACAGGUGUGCAGCGUGCUGGAGAGUCUGGAGCAGGAGUACCGCAGAGACGAGGACUGGUGUGGAGCUCAUGAUAAACUGGGGUCUUCAGCAGAGACGGAUCAUGUGCUGCCUCUCAUCAGCAAACACCUGGAGCAGAAAGAGGCUUUUCUCAAGGCGUGUACUCUGGCCAGGCGAAAUGCUGAGGUGUUUCUGAAAUACAUCCAUCGGAAUAACGUCAGCACUCAGGGAUCAUCCAGCAACACGCGCGGCCCUCAGCAGCAGGUCAAAGCCAUCCUGAAUGAACUGCUACAGAGGGAAAACAGAGUUCUGCAUUUCUGGACCAUGAAGAAGCGACGUUUGGAUCAGUGUCAGCAGUAUGUGGUGUUUGAACGCAGCACCAAACAGGCAUUAGAGUGGAUCGAGGAGGCAGGUGAGGUGUAUCUCACCUCUCACACGUCCCCAGGAGACUCGGUGGAGAAAACUCAGGAACUGCUGAGAGAAUAUGAAGAAUUCCGCAUCUCUGCCAAGCAAACAAAGGAGAAAGUGAAGAUGUUGAUCCAGCUGGCAGAUAAUUUUGUGGAGAAAGGGCACACGCAUGUCACCGAGCUGAAGAAGUGGGUGUCAGCAGUGGACAAGCGCUACAGAGAUUUCUCCCUGCGAAUGAGCAAAUACCGCUGCAGUCUGGAGAACACGCUGGGCAUCAGCUCUGAGUUUCAGACUGAAGACUCGACCGCUGCUUUGUACUGUUGCAGGUUUAUUAUAGCAGAGCUGUUGCAGACAGAAAAGGCUUAUGUGAGGGACUUACACGAAUGUUUAGAGACGUAUUUGUGGGAGAUGACCAACGGCGUAGAGGAAAUCCCUCCAGGAAUCGCCAACAAAGAGCACAUCAUCUUUGGAAACAUCCAGGAGAUUUACGACUUCCAUAAUAAUAUAUUCGUGAAAGAGCUGAUCAAUUAUGAGCAGCUACCCGAGGAUGUGGGCCAUUGCUUUGUUACAUGGGCUGAUAAGUUUAAUAUUUACGUGACCUACUGCAAAAACAAACCAGAUUCUAGUCAGCUCAUCCUAGAGCAUGCUGGGAGUUUUUUUGACGAGAUUCAGAAGAGACAUGGUCUGGUCAACUCUAUUUCAUCAUACCUCAUCAAACCUGUGCAGAGAAUCACCAAAUACCAGCUGCUGCUCAAGGAGCUGCUGUCCUGCUGUGAAGAAGGUAAAGGUGAAAUUAAGGACGGGCUGGAGGUCAUGUUGAGUGUGCCAAAGAGAGCCAACGACGCCAUGCACGUCAGCAUGCUUGAGGGUUUUGAUGAGAAUCUGGAUGUUCAGGGUGAACUCAUCCUGCAGGACACCUUCCAGGUGUGGGACCCCAAAUCUCUGAUCCGUAAGGGACGAGACCGCCACCUCUUCCUCUUCGAGAUCUCCCUCGUCUUCAGCAAAGAAAUCAAAGACUCAGCGGGACGAUCCAAAUACAUCUACAAGAACAAACUACUGACUUCUGAAUUGGGGGUGACAGAACAUGUGGAAGGAGACCCGUGUAAAUUUGCCCUGUGGGUGGGACGCACACCCUCAUCCGACAACAAGACUGUCCUCAAGGCGUCCAGUAUUGAGGUGAAGCAAGAAUGGAUUAAAAACAUCCGAGAGGUCAUUCAGGAGAGAAUCAUUCACCUGAAGGGGGCGCUAAAGGAACCGAUCCAUGCUCCCAAAACCCCAGCCAAACCCCGCAACAACAGCAAGAGGGAGGCUGGUGAGGAUGCUGACAGUCAAGGAGAUGGCAGCAGUCAGCAGGACACCAUCUCCAUCGCAUCCAGAACCUCUCAGAACACUGUAGACAGUGACAAGGGUCACCUUUUAAAGGUGAACAAUGACCACACAGGUUUCCUGAACGCUCCUGUGCAGUAUUGA